ACCGGCAACACCGGGAACGUCGGGAGCACCGGGAAUGGGGAAACCGGGAACACCGGGACCGGAAACACCGGCGACACCGGGACCGGGAAAACUGGGAGCUCCGGGACCGGGAACGUCGGGAGCACCGGGAAUGCCGGGAUUGGGAACACCGGGAGCACCGGAACCGGGACAGCCCCGCGGGCUCAUCCUGCUGGUCCCGGCGCGGUUGGGGGGCGAGAACCUGAACCCCGUGUACGUGGGGUGCGUCAAGGAGCUGCUCCAGCUCCGCUCCUGCCUCGGCAUCAUCGGCGGCAAACCCCGGCACUCGCUCUUCUUCCUCGGCUUCCAAGGUGAUUCCCUGCUCUACCUGGACCCGCACCUCUGCCAGCCCUGCGUGGACACAACCCGGGAGAAUUUCCCUCUCCAGUCCUUCCACUGCUGCUUCCCGAGGAAAAUGUCCUUCGGGAAGAUGGAUCCCAGCUGCACUUUUGGAUUUUACACCCGUGGGACGGAGCUGGAGCAGCUCUGGGGGGACCUGGCCCGGGUGCUGGCCCCCCCCCGUUAUCCCAUCUUCACGCUGGCCGAGGGUCACGCUCAGGACCAAGCCCUGGACGCCCCCCCCGCGCCGCCCCCUCCCCUCCCCCGCCGGGGGAAACGCCCCAAAAAACCCAACUCGGACGAGUUCGUCCUGCUGUGAGACCCCCCCCAAACACUGGAUGAGCCCCCUCCUCAAAUUGGGGCUGGUUUGGGUCACUACUGCCCCCCUCCCAAACACUCCGGGACCCCCCCCCC